AUGUCAAUCGAAGUGAAUAUGGAUUUGUCGUCGAGUUAUUCCUCGAGUGUUUGCCAUCCCUUAACGAUCCAGACGUCGAUCGGAAGCAAUCAAUUGAAUGGUCAGUCGAGUCAGUCCUCGCAGAUCACGCCGGCGUCGAUGUCUUCGUCGACACUGUCGGCGGUGACCACUCCGGCCACGUCUCCCAUCGCGACCCCAACCGGCAGUAAAGGCUCCAAACGGAGUCAAAUGAUGUCUUCGUCGAAGAGGGAGAGCAGUGGUGGACAACAGACACAAAGAAGGAGUUCCUCCAGAAGUAUAAAACGCAAGAAAUUUGAUGACGAAGUCGUCGAAAGCAGUAUUACUUAUCCAAAACCUCAACGAUCGAGAACUCUGUCCACCAAUACUAUGGUCAGCACUGGUGGCAAAGGAGGACAAGUGUUGACAACCAUUGCCAGUCCAUUGCCGUCGCUCUCGCCCUCACUGGUGGUCACUCCAGAGCCGGUGGCGAAGAAAGCGAAACCAAUCGCGACGUCGGUGUCGGCGAAGAGGAGGCGCUAUCGAAAUGCACACAACAAUGCGCUGAAAGACAUCGGCCGAUGGAAACCAAGCGAUGAUUUGGCGCUCAUUAUAGCCGUACAGCAAACCAAUGACAUGGACUGCGUUUACCAAAGCGUGAAGUUUUCGUGUAAAUUCACUCUACAAGACAUUGAGGACCGAUGGUAUGCACUCCUAUACGACGCCACCAUCGCUAAGGUAGCGGUCGCUGCGAUGAGACAAUUGCAUCCCGACAUCAUAGCACAGGUCCACUCGAAGGCCAUCUUCAGCCAAUCCGAAGAGUCGAUUCUGAAGAGUGUCUUAUCGACGAGUCAGCCAUCAAUAGACACUUUUGAACAGUUAUUACUCAAACAUUCGGAUGUAUUCCUACCUCAAAGAACACCAAAAUCAUUGUCCACUCAUUGGACACUUCUCAAGCACUACCACUUAUUGCCCGAUCAAACGGUCCAUCCCUUACCACGACAUGAAGAAGUGAUCAACUUUUGCGACGCCGAAGAGGCCAUAGAUAAGGAAAUACAGCACCAAAUGCCUGCACUCUAUGCCAACACCGCUAAAGACGACGCUUUGCAACAAGAGUUGCUUUUUGGCGAUCGAAAGACUAAACGCGAGAUCAGAUUAUUAGAGAACGAGAUCCCGAAGUGGCAGGUCUUAGUGGACAGCAUCACAGGAGUGGCGCCGUCCGACUUCGACAACCAAACGCUGGCCGUCUUGAGGGGACGUCUGGUCCGGUAUUUGAUGCGUUCGCGUGAAAUCACUUUAGGCCGAUGUACUAAAGACAGUGUCGUCGAUGUGGACCUGUCUCUGGAAGGGCCGGCCUCUAAGAUAUCGCGCAAACAGGGAAUCAUUAAAUUGCAGCCAAACGGCGACUUCAUAAUCGCGAAUACCGGGAAACGACCCUUUUAUAUAGACUCGAAGCCAGUGCUCGGCGCAGGAAAUUGUCUCAAAAUUAGCAAUAAUUCAGUCGUAGAGAUCGCUGGCCUUCGCUUCGUGUUUCUCAUAAACCAGGAUCUGAUCGCUGCUGUCAGGGCUGAGGCGCUCAAGAAUCAAAUGUAA